AUGUCGUCGCGCACGGGCCAACGCGGUACGUCGGUGGCCACCAGCCAACGAAAAUACCGCUCCAGGUCAGCGCCAAGAUAUGAUCUGGAGAAGAAGGCGAAGAAGAAGGACUUGAGGACCUCGGGGACCAACAGCUUGGUCUCCAUACCCAACAGCAUGAAACUCAUCAUGCUCAACAGUGGCCUCAUAUCUUUUGACCGAGUGACGUUUAAACCAGAGACGGACGAAAACGGUUCAAUAUCCGAGACGAUACCAGACCGCCCCGUAGAGUUGAAGAACUUUCCAAAGCUCUGCGAGCAGAGAAGAAAAUUUCCCGUUCUCUACAAACUAGAGUUUCAGACCGCAGUAAAAGUAGAAACACAUUCUUGUCGACAUGCAACAAAAAAAACAAACCAACAUAAAAACCAGAACCAGAAAGUUACACCGUAUGACUACAACAGAGUGGUGCUGGAUACAGUAGAUCGGGAACCAGAUUCCGAUUACAUUAACGCUUCCUAUAUAGAUAGUAUAUUAAAACCGAACGCAUAUAUAGUAACGCAGGGGCCAACCGAGGAGACUGUAGUAGAUUUCUGGCGUAUGAUUUGGCAAGAGCGUGCUGCGGCGAUAGUUAUGCUCACAAAAACAUUUGACUUCAUAAAGGUUAUGUGUGUUCAAUACUGGCCGCCUAACAAAGAGAAAGAUGAAACUUAUGGGGAUAUCAGUGUUGGCAUCGUUCAAGAGGAGGAAUUGGCGAACUUCCACAUUCGUACAUUCAGGCUUUAUAAGAGCGAAAAGGAGGUUGUUGUGGAGGAGCGCUUCAUUCUGCAGUUUCAUUAUACUCAAUGGCACUCGCACACUUGCCCCUUCAGCAACGCGCUACUUGAGUUCAGAAGACGGGUAAGGGCCGUUGUGGGAAGGAGGCUAGCGACCAACCCGUCGGCGGGUCCUAUGGUAGUUCAUUGCAACGACGGCGGGGGACGCUCCGGUGUAUAUUUAGCGAUCGACGCAAAUUUAGAGCUGGCCGAGGAGGAGGACUGCUUCGACGAACAAUACAAGUUCGUUUACGACACUCUGGAGGAGCAUGUCGUGUGCGGAAUAUCUUGGUUCCCGGUAUCCGAACUAUCACAAAGGCUGAAACAGAAAUCUCAGAGGGAUACGGUGACCAAGCUCAACGAGUAUCAGAAGGAGUAUCAGCAGAUUUGCAAACAGACGCCGAGGUUCACAAUUGGCGAUUGCGCGGGCGGUCAUCGGGGGGACAACCGGGAGAAGAAUCGUGACGUAUUGGUUGUUCCACCUGACAAUUUUCGCCCGUACCUAACGUCCUUCCAAGGGAACAGUUUCACUGACUAUAUCAACGCGGUAUUCGUAGAUGGUUACACAAAACCGCGAGAGUACAUAGUUACGGAAUGGCCUUUAAUACGAACUCAAGGAGAGUUUUGGUCCCUCGUUUACGAUUACGAGUGUGCCGCAGUUGUUGUAUUAUGCGUUCCACCCAAAAACUCUCAACAAUAUCCGCCUUUUUGGCCCGAAGGAAGACAUUCUAAGAAAUACGGUCCAGUGUUCACUAUUGACCAUGUAUCACAUAAUCAUUACACAAAUAUCAAAACUUGGAUAUUCAGAAUCAACAAAAAGAUCGUUUCGCUAACGGAGCUCAUGGCCGGCGUAAAGGCCCCUCCGAAAACGGUGCAACUGUUCCAGCUGACGUGCUGGCCGAUGGGUCACAAGGUUCCGUCGUCGACCAACUCCCUUGUCGAGCUUAUGAACAUGGUCGAGAGGUGGCGGCAGCGCACCGACUAUGGCCCCGUCUGCGUCGUAUCGCCAGACGGGAGAAGUCGCGCGGGCGUGUAUUGCGCGGCAAACGCUUGUAUCGAGCAAGUUAUUCAACACGGUGAAGUCGAUGUAUUUCAAGCCGUCAAAACGGUGCGACGCCAUCGGCCGCAGCUCGUCGAGAACAUGACCGAAUACAAGUACUGCUACGAUCUUGUUCUGCAUUACUUCGGGCGCGGCGCGGCGCUGCCGAGCACGCCGGAGGAGACUAGUCCCACCGCGGGGGCUCGUGAGAAGCGGCAGCAGCGGCCGCCACGGCCCCGUCGCGGCUUGUCGCUCGACCGUCUGCUGCCCGCGCCCUCUCGCCCGCCCCUGCCGCACGCUUCCACCAUGGAAGCGCCUCGCCGACCACGUCGAGACCGGCCGCCGCUGCGGCGCUCUAUACGCCUUGAGGACGACGAAGGCGCCGCGGAAGAGCGCCGCCGCGUGUUCGGCCACGGUCCCCGCGCGCCCUCCUUCGACGAGGGCGACGCUAGCGACGACCACGACGAGGAGUGUGAGUGUGGCCGCAGAUCCUUCGAGCGCUCGGGGCCCUCCGCCGAAACGCAAGAAGACGAAGACGAAUACGAACCAGAGUUCGUCGCCUCCCCGCCCACGGAGCCGCUGGCGAAGACGCACCCGCACGUGCGCGGCGCCUCCGCGGAUCGUGUGCUUGAACGGAGGGACGGUGCAUUUGCUCGUGGGCCUGCCCGGGCUCACUCCCAAGGUGUGUUUGAGCGCCGGCUGCCGAGGAUAUAUAAGUUAGGUUUAAUAGAUAGGUCUAAGCGAGCUAGCUCUAGUGCACUUUACGAACGGACUGACAGGUCGCCGACUGAGGCUUUUUAUAACGCGACCGGUUCGACGCGGCUUAGCUCACAGGAGCUUUUUGAAAAGUUUUGUUCCGCGGACUUCACUUCGCUGUAUGGACACGAGGACGAUCGACGCCGGCGUCCGGCGCAUUCAAAAUCAACGGGGAGCAGUGGCUCGGACGUGCGACACGAACGCACAUGUUGCAGAAGAAUGCCAUGUGGUUCACAGCCCGCCCUAACACGACGUCAGAUAUAUCGCGCCCCUCGCUCUGAACGUUCUGCGGAAUCUGAUGAGACAUCGCCACGCCAAGCAGGCCUACGUUCUUUGCCUCUUGGACAAUCGCAGACUUCUGACGCUUGCUCUAGGUCCGCUCCUUUGCUUAGUCCAGACAGAUUUGAAGCACGUUUUACGUUUGACAUAUCGGAAAGAAGUGAAGUCACUACGUCAAACCACGACGAAACCCCGUCUGAUGCCACAGAAACGCGGAACCUGACUCUUUAUGAAGAGCCCCAUUCUGAUCGUACGAGCAUUUGUGAAUUGUACGACGCAGCCUUUACAUCUCACAGACCUUCUUUCCGCCGGGACGGAUCGAGACGUAAAGUCGGUCCAUUCGAUUUAAGCGCCCUAGAUUUUCGCCCAAUCGAUGAUGAGAGUCCGCGUGCGAGCCGCCGCACAUCGCAGCGCAGCGUAGACGACACCUUCCGUCAAACGUCGGAAUCUCGUAGCUGGGCCUCCGACUCGGUGUUCGCGACGCCGGAGCGCCGAGCCCACGACAUCUCGCCAUCUUCCACGGGCACGCGUCGCUAUCUAACAGUGGUGGGGGAAUCCCGAGCCGACUCUGCUGCAGCCGGCUCGACUUUCGCGGAGUCGACCGUCACCGAGGAGCCGCCCAGUGUGAUCGAGCGUUCCGAGUACGCGCUCGCUCUGAAACUCGGUCGAAUAGAUUUGGACGGGGCACCGGAGCGUCCGGCGUCCACCCCGGCGGCGGGGAGCGCGCGAUUGUCGAGCAGGCCGUCGAUGCACAAGCUCGAGCCGAUCGAGCCGGAGCGGCUGUGCGGCGGCGCGGGGGGCAGCGAGGGCGAGGCGGAGAUCACGCGGUCGGAGGUGGCGGGCGCUUCGCGGCGGAGGCGGGGCGCCAGCGAGCCGCGCCGCACCGGCCGCUGCUUCCCGCUC